AUGGUUGAGGCAUCUCGUAUUGAUCACGCCGCUCACGCCAACGAUCCAGUCGGUCAUCUCCACGACACACUUCAAUACAAUGAGGUGGUCGACUAUGUUCGUCGCUGGAUCAACCGUCACCCAGACACGCAGAUGCUCUCAGCUGCUGAUCAUGAAUGCGGUGGCCUCACACUCGUUCAGGAAGGCUACAACCCGCUGAUCCUCAAAGCUGCUAACUCUACCGUUGAAGCACUUGCCUCAGUCUUCUCCAAGUACACAGGAAACGACGCCGCUGGAUUUCUACGCACAGAUAUCUACCCAAGAUACGGUAUCACCAACCCCACUGCUGCCGAAAUCGCUCAACUUGUCCCACUGAAGAACUCAGGUAGCUUCACCAACGCUCUCGGAAAACAACUAAGUGCUCGUGCUGGAAUUAACUGGGCUACCGCUCAGCACUCCGCGGUCGACGUUUCAUUGUUCGGAUACGCUGCUGGCGACGAUAACAAGCUUUUGAGAGGUGAGAUGGGCGGGAACUGGGAUAACACGCAGUUGCCAGGUUACAUUGAGAAGGUUCUUGGCGUUAGGGUUCGCGAUGCUACUGCUGCACUUAGAAAGAAUGGUACUUCUUGGGUUGGAAAGAGGGAUUUGGAGAUGGAGAAGAGGAGCGAACACUCGCAUAGUCACAACUGA